AUGGUGAAGAUGAUCAUUUUUGGCCGACGGGAUCUGCAAGUGCGGGGUGAGGUGGCGGUCCACAGUGUGCGCCUGAUGGAUGGCGAAGGAGAAAGGAAGUGUUUCGCCGCGCCUCUCUGCGCGUCAAUGACGAGCGGCGGCGCGCAGCAGUGCUCAAGGCUCCACGAGGAGGGCCGCAUCGUCCCAUUGCUGCCACCGCUGGUGUCGAUGUGCGCGGGCAGAUCCACUCCCCUCCGCCUCACCACCGUGACGAGCACCGUGCCUGGGGAGUUCCUGAGGGAGCCUAGCCAGUCGGCGACCUAUAAUAGGGUUGUGAAUGCAUUGGGUCACUGCCUAUCGCUAUGGUGGAUCUUUGCGAUGAACUAUAACAGGGUUGUGAACGUGUUGGGUCACUGGCUAUCGCUAUGGUGGAUCUUUGACGAUGAAGGCAGUGAACCAGGGUGCGGAACGUGGAGGAUGAUGGGGGCGAAGCUGAUUCAUUGGAGCUGGGCUGGAAUAGAUCAAGAGGCACCAUGGCAUGAAUCAAGAGUUCAACGUUCACGAGGGGACGCCGCACAUGUCAUCAUCCAUCGAUAUGGAAGACAGAGGCAAUCCAUAGGGCUAGUGGAAGAGAUUAUUGUGUUCAUGGUCAUUGGUGCCUCGCACGUAUACAAGGGAGGUCGUGGGCCGUUGCACCCAGCCCAGACCAGGCCCACCCACGUGGGUUCGCAGGCUGCAAACACGUCGCUCCUUGUGGGCUGGGGCCAUGCUGUCGUGAAGCUGUUUCGUCUGGACGGCGGCCCACAGGCAGGCUCCCAAGAGGCCAAGUUUCCUUUGGCAUCAUGGAAAUUAUUAAGUUCAGAAUCAGAGGGCGAAGGCUUUGUUGACUUGUGUUCAGAUGGUGAGGACAGGACCGUUCUGUGCUCAGACAGCAUCGUUUCAUGCAGCUCAGACAGAGAAGACGAUGGCUAUGGUGAUCGCAGCACCCGUUUUCGCCCGCCCAUCCAUUCUCUCAGUCUCAGCACGACUUCUGACGAGAAUAGCGACGAAGAACCAAUCAUGUUGGAAGUCGACAGUUUUUUAAGUGACACUCGUCAGGCUUCAUCCUUUUAUAGGCCUGCCGAGAAUAGACCAGCCACUGGAAAGAUAUCAAAGCUGACAAAGAAGGACUUGCUUCGGCAGCCCAUAACUUCUGUUAUUGAUGCUCAAGCCGAUAUUGGCUCAGAAGUCCCAGAGAAAAGCCUUUUCAGUGUUGAUGAGAAAGUUGUUUAUGAAGAUGCCCUGAAGUAUAUCCAACAGGAAAAAAUGGAAGAAGAUUUGCCUGAAGAUGUUCUGUCAGUAUCACUCCUUAAGCAUCAGAAAAUAGCAUUAGCUUGGAUGGUCUUUAGGGAGAAUAAUGCACAUUGCUCAGGUGGAAUUUUGGCGGAUGAUCAGGGUCUUGGGAAAACAAUAUCUACAAUUGCUCUUAUACAGAAGGAGAGGCUUCAGCAAUCUAGGUUCAUGAGUGAUGAUUCAGAAUGUGGAAUAUCUGUCGGCGAUGAUAAUGAAGCAGCGCUUGAUAUGGACAAGAAGGGAUUGAAGGUCCAUGCUAGUCGAUCAAGGGCUGUUAAAGCUCAACCCAAGAAGGCCAGAGUUACCAGAAGUGCGGAAUUGUGUGUUCUGGUUUAUCAUGGAGGUUCAAGGACUAGAGAUCCCACUGAGCUGGCGGAUUACGAUGUUGUCGUCACAACAUACACAAUUGUGGCCCGUGAAGUGCCUAAAGAAAACACUAAUGAUGAGGUUUCUCCUGGCAAUAAAAGGAAACUUAAGAAAAAUGCGAAAGGCAAGCCAAAGAAGAUAAACAAACCUGGCCCACUUGCUAAGGUACGAUGGUUCAGAGUUGUUCUAGAUGAAGCCCACAUGAUAAAAGGACACCAAACUCAAACGGCUAAAGGCUGUUGUGGAUUGAGUGCAGAAAGGAGAUGGUGCUUAUCAGGAACACCUAUACAAAAUAACAUUGUGGACCUUUACAGCUAUUUUCGCUUCUUGAAAUAUGAGCCUUACUCUAAAUUUCGUUCAUUUAGCUCUAUGCUAAAAGACCCAGUCUCCAGGGACACAAGUCAUGGCUAUAAGAAACUUCAAACUGUCUUGAGGAUAGUUCUGCUACGGCGCACAAAAGAAACACUACUUGAUGGAGAGCCAAUCAUAAAAAUACCACCAAAGACAAUUCAGUUGAGUAAAAUAGAUUUCACUAAGGAGGAGCGGGCUUUCUAUUUAAGGCUUGAAGAAAACUCUCAUCAAACGUUAAAGGGGCGUUCUAAAGAUUUCAUACAGAAAAACUACGUGCACAUCCUUGCGUUGCUGUCUCAACUUCGGCAGGCUUGUAACCACCCUUUUCUUUUGAGGGGGGAAGAAUCGUGUGCCCACUCUCUACGUUUGGCAAAGCAACUUCCUGUGGUGACAGCAGUAAAUUUGCUUAAAGUUCUGGAAAGCGGUGCUGCAAAAUGUACCAUAUGUGGUGAUCCGCCAAAGGAUACUGUUGCACCACCAUGUGGCCAUGUUUUCUUCUCCGAGUGUGUGCAUUUGAAGUUAUUAGAAAAUAAAAAGAUAAUUGAGAAGGUGUGCCCUGCUUCUCCACAUUGUGGAAGAGAAAUAAGUGCUGAAAAUCUUUUAUUCACCGAUGUAUUGAAGUUCUGUCUCUGGCCUAAUCUGGAGUCUGAAGCACCAACUAGUCAUUCCAUAGAUGUGCACCGACCAUUCUCGGUCUGUGAAAGUAGCUACAUCUCCUCCAAGAUCCGGAACACCAUUGACAUACUGAACUCUAUCAUCAACACGGGGGAUGCUGACGAUACCAUGGGAUCAGUUCCAAGUGAGAUCACUCCUGCUAAGGCCAUAGUCUUCAGCCAGUGGACUGGCAUGUUGGACUUGCUGGAACGUUCACUGAGCAGCAACCAUAUUGAAUUCAGGAGGUUGGAUGGGUCAAUGCCUCUGAACUUAAGAGAAAGAGCAGUGAAAGAGUUCAACACUGACCCAGAGGUGAGAGUGAUAAUUAUGUCACUGAAGGCUGGCAAUCUUGGUCUGAACAUGAAUCCCUCCGCUGAGGACAAGGCAGUUGAUAGAGUUGAUAGGGCACACAGGAUCGGUCAGACCCGCCCAGUUACCGUUUCUCGUUCAACCGUCAAAGACACUGUGGAAGACCGCAUUUUAUCGCUGCAGGAGGGAAAAAGGAAGAUGAUCGAAUCUGCGCUGGGUGAGGACCCAUCCGGUGACAGUCCAGCAACCCGGCUCACUGUAUCUUCAAGAUGUGAUGACGGCUUACAGGAUGUAAAUUGCAAGGAUCCUUCGCAGGGUAGGGUUGAUGAAUAUUUAUCGCCGGGAUAA